AACAACAAACACAACACUUACAGCGUAUGCCUGGGCCACAAAGUUGUAUAGUAAUAUUUUGCGGCUUCAUUUUGUCCGUCAAUAGUGCCGUGAAAUUAUUCAAACGUCUAGCGAUUAUUUUAUGAUGGAACUGUUGUCUAACAACUCCCUACCAACUCAAAUGGCCUCGGCUACCAGCAAUUCGUCAGCAACGAACGGAAAUCAAAACGGCCAAGCAACCACGGCCGAACGUUUAUUAGCCGGUAUCUUGGACUCGUUUCCAGCUUGGGAUUUAAACGCUGGUUUAAUGGGCAGCAAUCCACGCAAUGAUUCACCACCACGCAAUGACUUCUUCUUCAACAAUCUCUUGAGUUCCUUGGAGGCACCAGCUGAGUUCAGCUUGGGUGUGGCUCCCAUCGGUACCGCACCCAUGAGGGCUCCUCCAAAACUGUCACCCGAAUCCUCGAACAAUUCCAGCAUCAGCUGCAGUUGGUGUGAAGUAAAUGCCUCCAUACGCUGUCUGGAGUGCAACGAGUUCAUGUGCAACGACUGUCUGAGGGAACAUCGCAAAUCGCCAUUAUCUUCUAAUCACUCCAUAAUAUCUUUACCCACGCCAAUUGGUACCUCGCCCACAGGCGGCAUGUCCACCAGUGUACCGAUUGUACCCAGUCCCAACUAUUUGUGCGACCAGCACAAUGAAUUGUUGCGCUAUGUCUGCGAAUACUGCAAGAAGCUCGUCUGUCAGUGCUGCACUCUGCACGAACACAAGGAGCACUGCUACUCAUCCAUUCAGAAUUUCGUCGACGAGUCAAGGGAAAAGAUUGAGUCCGCCUUGGAAAGCAGCCGUAUGGGCACCAAAUGCAUUAAGAGCAGCAUUGACAAAGCCCUGGCCUUUAUCCGCCAUGUUGAGCGCAAUUGUGCCGAGCUGAGCGAUAACAUCCGCAAGGGUUUCCGCCAAUUCCUCAUCGCAUUAGAAGAUCGUGAACGUUUCCUCUUGGAUUUCGUUGAGAAACUGCGCCAGCGUCGCCUAGCCAUGUUGCACGACCAAAUGGCCGGAUUGAAAUCAGCUUUGGCCGGCUUAGCUGAGACUUCGGAAAUGUUGCACAAAGUUGCCGAGAAUGGAGCUCGUAUGGAUCAAGUCGACAUUGCCAUGAAGGUGACCAACGGCCAACGUCAACUGGAACAAUUUGCCGCCAUCUACAAGGAUCUUCAGCCUAAGCAAGAAGUAUUUGCCUUCUCAGCCCCCGAUUACACAUUGCUGCAGGAUAUUCGCAAUCAGGGUGGCAUUGUCUUGGUUGAUGAAAAGAAUAUGCCCCUUAUGACAAUUAGUGGCGGUACAGUAGUGGGUGGUACGGGUGCUGUUGACUCUGUAGGCACUGUACUGUCCAUGCCUGGUAACGGCAUGCCAAAUGGCGCUGUGGUUCCAGCAAAUAUGAGACGUCCACUGUUGCGCGACAAUUCAUUCCGUAAUCCAUCGCCAGUUAUGCAAGUUCGAGGUGGUAGUGCAUGCAGUAUGCCCAACCCCGGUCUCGAUUGGGAACUCAGUGUUAUGCGUAGCUCUCCAGGUUUACAUUUCGGCGCUCCACGUUCUACACCCGCAAUUCCUGGCACCACAGAACCAGUUAAGGCACGUAAUUCCAAUGCAUUGUCGCUGUCCUUUGCCACCGAGGGUCACGAAGAUGGUCAAGUCAGUCGUCCAUGGGGUUUGUGUGUUGACAAAAUGGGCCACAUUCUCGUCUCCGACAGACGCAAUAACCGCGUACAGGUCUUCAACCCGGAUGGCUCUCUCAAAUUCAAAUUCGGUCGUAAAGGCGUUGGCAACGGUGAAUUCGACUUGCCCGCUGGUAUUUGCGUCGAUAUUGACAAUCGUAUCAUUGUCGUCGACAAGGAUAAUCAUCGUGUACAGAUCUUCACUUCGACUGGUGCUUUCCUAUUGAAAUUCGGCAGCUAUGGCAAGGAAUACGGACAAUUCCAAUAUCCCUGGGAUGUGGCUGUUAACUCAAGACGUCAAAUUGUGGUAACCGAUUCUCGUAACCAUCGCGUCCAACAAUUCGAUUCUGAAGGUAGAUUUAUUCGGCAAAUUGUAUUUGAUAAUCAUGGUUCCAAUAAGGGCAUAGCCUCACCACGUGGCGUGUGCUACACACCCACGGGUAAUAUAAUAGUAUCCGAUUUUGACAAUCAUUGCUUGUACUUGAUUGACCCUGACAUUAAUGAUAUAUUAUCAGCCAAGGGUCAUGAAGGUUCCGGUUUCCAGGAAUUUAAUCGCCCUUCAGGCAUAUGCUGUGACGAUGAUGGUCGUAUUAUUGUAGCCGAUUCCAAGAAUCAACGUAUUGUUGUAUAUAGUCCAACUUUGGAUUAUCUAUGGGAUAUUGAAAUUAGACCUUCAUUGAAUCCCCUGAUGCCACCCACACUUGAUGAAAAGGAUCGUACAUGCGAUGUAGCCCUGAUGCCCGAUGGCCGCAUUGUAUUCCUAAUUGAAUUAUCGCCAGACUCAAAGGAGGGAUCAAAUCCCUACAAACGCUUCGUGCAUGUCUUCUAACGAUCGACAUAUCCGUCUAGGGGAUGGAUAUCAGGUACUACAGCAACAUUAGCCACAACUAAUGAAUCAUGUUA